ACGUGAGCUCGCGGCAAACUUCGGCUAGCUCGGUCAUAUGAUUUUGUGGAAAAGGGCGAGCCUCAAGUCUGACGUUUGACACAUCAAUCUCUCGCGUCUACACAUUUGGGGAAAUUUCGGUCGCGACAUGAAGGGGUGCAUAUUCAACAUCGACGGUGGUUAUCUGGAAGGUUUAUGUCGCGGUUUUAAAUGUGGCAUAUUGCAGCAAAGUGAUUAUUUGAACCUAGUCCAAUGCGAAACGCUCGAAGAUUUAAAGCUACAUUUGGCUGGUACAGACUAUGGCAGCUUCCUGGCCAAUGAACCAUCUCCACUUUCUGUUAGUGUGAUCGAUGACAAACUAAGGGAAAAACUGGUCGUGGAGUUUCAACAUAUGCGCAAUCAUUCUGUUGAGCCUUUGUCUCAGUUUCUGGAUUUCAUCACUUACAGUUAUAUGAUUGACAAUAUUAUUUUGUUAAUUACUGGUACUUUGCAUCAACGACCUAUUUCAGAAUUGAUUCCCAAGUGCCAUCCGCUUGGUAGCUUUGAACAGAUGGAGGCGAUUCAUGUCGCUGCCACGCCUGCUGAGUUAUAUAAUGCUGUAUUGGUAGAUACACCUUUAGCACCUUUCUUUGUGGAUUGCAUUUCCGAGCAAGACUUGGACGAGAUGAAUAUCGAAAUAAUAAGAAAUACACUUUACAAGGCUUAUCUGGAAGCAUUUUAUAAAUUUUGCAAAGAUCUUGGUGGCACAACUGCAGAUACCAUGUGUGAAAUACUUGCUUUUGAAGCAGAUAGAAGAGCGAUCAUUAUAACCAUCAACUCAUUUGGUACUGAGUUGGGUAAAGAUGAUCGUGCGAAAUUAUAUCCACGCUGCGGUCGUUUGAAUCCAGAUGGACUGGCAGCUUUAGCGAGAGCCGAUGAUUAUGAACAAGUGAAGGCUGUAGCGGAAUAUUACGCCGAAUAUAGCGCUUUAUUUGAAGGAGCAGGUAACAAUCCUGGUGAUAAGACCUUGGAAGACAAGUUCUUUGAGCACGAGGUCCGUUUAAACGUUCAUGCAUUCCUUCAACAAUUUCAUUUUGGAGUGUUCUAUAGCUACUUGAAAUUGAAGGAGCAAGAGUGCCGCAAUAUCGUAUGGAUCGCGGAAUGCGUUGCUCAAAAACAUCGUGCUAAAAUAGAUAAUUAUAUCCCCAUAUUUUAAACUAUGUAAUUACAUUGAACUGAUAUUGAUCAUUUAUACAGGGUGUCUGAUAAUUAAUGAUAAAUCUCGCAUGUAGGUAGAAUGGAUCAAACUAAGUCGAACAGUCCUAUACCACUUUGCGAUCCUUGCAAUAGUUAACGAGUUAUAAAUUAAUAAAAAUUCCGAAUUAGUCCUGCCCAUCGCCAAAUUCAAGCGUGCGAUCGAGAUUGCCAAGCGCGCUGGGCGGGGUGUUUACUGCUUGCUGCAGGGAGCGGCAAUGGCUACGCAAAAACUACGCGUAACGCGAGGCCCCCCGCUCUGGAGCAAGCAGUACACAUCUCGCCCUGCACGCUUGGCAAUCUCGAUCGCACGCUUGGAUUUGGCGGUGGAAUUGGCGGGUCUAAUUCGAAAUUUUUAUUAAUUUAUAACUCGUUAAACUGUUGCGAGGCUCGCAAAGUGGUACAGGACUUUUCGACUCAGUUUGGUCCAUUCUACCUGCAUGCGAGAGAUUUAUCAUUAAUUGUCAGACACCCUGUAUUUACUUUUCCAAUAGUCUAAUUUUCUUUUGCGUAAUGUAAAAUUACACGGUAAUAGUACCAGAAAAGCGCUUAGACAUUUGUGUAGUAAUAUUACAAAAAAAUUUAUUUUAAAAAACUAAAUGUUGUAUGUAUCUAUCGAAGAAUAUUGACAUAUGUAUGUGUUAAAAAUUAUAAUUUAAAAUCAUUACGCGAGUUCAAAUGAAAUAGCAAAAUUAUAUAUGUACAUAAUGUAUCUUACUGUAAUCUUCAAUGUAAAUCAUUUUCAUAUAUUAUUGUAAUUCACAUAUUAUAUUUCAUAUAUUAUUAACACAAAGCUGUAUUACAAAAUAAUAAAAAUAUAUUGCAUUCCAUACAAUUAA